AUGGAAGACGAGAGGUGUUUGGCGAAGGAGUAUAAUACGGUUUUGACGAGGAAUCAUAGGGCGAUGCAGGAGGCGGAGAUGAAGCUGCUUAGGAUGAAGAAAUAUAAAAAGAGUAUGCAGAGAUACAAGAAAAAGUUAGUCUUGAUCAUGGUUGUCACGCCGGCCGGCGUGCCACCGGUUGUACCGGGUUCAACCGGUAUCGGUCAUAAAACCGGCGUGAUACUACCGGUAUGA